AUGACGAUCCAGGUCGGGAGCAAUGCGUAUUCAAAAACAGAUGGCGCCUUCUUCACUGUGGAAUACACUUUGUGGUUGCCGUGGAUGAUCCACAGUAUGAUGCUUACGCAGCCGCUAAAACCUAUUGAUGUCGUCUGGUGUGGCGCGGUCGUGCUAAAUUUUGCUUAG